AGCAUCCGUCGCUUGUUUUGAGUCUUUUGACUACAUUUUAUUAAUAUUUUUUAUGUGGAACAUCGAAAGGCAAACUGCCAAGCAGCCAAAGUGAAAAACUAAAAAAAGGUAAACAAUGCUGUUGGUCCAUACCCCCGGUCAUAGUUGUGAAAUUAUACGAGCGAGGACAUCUGCAAGUUUAUAUAAGGAUAACGGUGACAUACAAUCAGUCAGCAAUACGACACUUCUAGCACCGAAGCAACGUCGUUUUAUUUGAUUUAUUUCUGUAGGUGCUUUCCUUCCUGAUUUGAAAAGUAUCACAAUUAUAAAUAUGCUAUCCUCUAUUAGAUCGCUUACGCGCGCACUGCCCGCCAAGGCUGCGGCCCCUGGUCUGGUAAGUGCUAUGCGCCACUAUGCCAUUCCGCCUAUGACCGUAAAAAAGGAUCCACGUGCUGAUAAGUGGGAUUCCGAAGUAUUCAAUGUUAUGGAUGUGCCUAUGGCAGAGACACAUGAGCGUGUGCUCAAAGGAGGGCGUGAUCUAUUCCCCAAGCUAACAGAGUCCUUCGGAGGUGUAAAGAAGAUCGGAGUGAUCGGAUGGGGUUCACAAGGACCUGCCCAGGCACAGAACUUGCGUGACUCUCUCGAGGGAACUGACAUCACAGUGACAGUUGGUCUCCGUGAGGGCAGCAGUUCAAUGAAGCUGGCCGAAGAGGUUGGUUUCUCAAAGGAAAACGGUACAUUAGGUGAGAUGUACGACGUCAUCCGAGAGUCUGAUCUCGUAUGUCUGCUUAUCUCUGAUGCCGCUGUAGCCCACGAGUACCCAAAGGUAUUUGAGAACCUAAAGAAGGGUGCCACCCUAGGUCUGUCACACGGAUUCCUUCUUGGACAUCUGAAGAACACCGGUGACUCUUUCCCCAAGGACACCAAUGUGAUCAUGGUUGCUCCCAAGGGUGUUGGUGCCUCUGUGCGUCGUCUAUAUGAACAGGGAAAGUCCGUUAACGGAGCCGGUAUCAAUGCUUCCUUCGCUGUUGAGCAGGAUGCUGAUGGCAAGGCCACUGACAUCGCGCUAGCCUGGUCUGUCGCUUUGGGGUCUCCUUUCACCUUCUACACAACUAUGGAUUCCGAGUUCAAGUCCGAUAUCUUCGGAGAGCGCUGCAUUCUCUUGGGUGGUGUGCACGGUAUGAUUGAGUGUCUCUUCCGCAAGUACGUUUCCGAUGGUAUGUCCAAGGAGGAUGCAUUCAAGCAGACUUCCGAGUGCAUCACUGGACCUCUAACUGAGACCAUCUCUCACCGUGGUAUUGACCAGGUGUACCACCACCUGAUUAAAUCUGAUGAGGACAAGGUCGCCUUCAAGAAGGCGUACACUGCCUCAUACGGCCCAUCGCGCGACAUUGUCGAGGAGUGCUAUGAUGAUGUAGCCUGCGGUAACGAAAUCAAGUCUGUCAUCAACGCCGGAGACCGUCACGAUCGCUUCCCUAUGUGUAAGAUUGAUGUGACCGAGACGUGGAAGGUUGGAGCCAAGGUGCGUGCUGCCCGUGACGGUUCAUUUGUGGUUAACCCCACGACCGCUGGUGUGUACUGUGCUAUGAUGAUGGCCCAGAUUGACACCCUGCUCGACCGCGGACACUGCUACUCUGAGGUAGCUAAUGAGUCUGUUAUCGAGGCUGUUGACUCGCUCAACCCCUUCAUGCACGCCCGUGGUGUAGCGUACAUGGUAGACAGCUGUUCAGUGACCGCUCGCUUGGGUUCCAGGAAAUGGGCUCCUCGCUUCGACUACAUCCUUACGGAACAAUGUCUACCUGUGCUUGACGAGAACAAGUCUGCUGACGAGAAGUUGUUUGACGACUUCCUAAACCACAGAAUUCACGCUGUCAUGAAGACAUGCGGAGAGAUGCGCCCCUCUGUAGACAUCGCUGUGGUCUAAGAUGGGACACUGGUGUGUGUAUAUAGGAGGACAGAGUUCGCGCCGCUGUGUUGAGUUCAGCUUGUCUUAUCUUCAAGGUCUCUGCUGCUGUGCUGCUCCACUUCCAGGAGAACCAGUAGCUGCCUGGAGCGCUACUUUUAGAAUUGGUUGCCAUUGCAAAGCGCACUAGUACGCUCAGUGGAGGUGUAUACAACCGUCUUGUAAAUAUAUAUAUUAACGGUGUGUGCACUACCGCUGCAGCUUGUUUGUGAAUAAACUGUCGUUGGAAUACUUUCUGUUCUGAUUCGAGUGCCUCUUGCUUGUGCUAAACUUUGCCACUGCUAAGCGCUAUUCAGUUUAUUUCAG